AUGCCGACCAUCGCGGCUCGUUCGUACGCCGUUGCCCGAUUGCAGGCCGGGCAGGCUAUCAGAAUCAUCAACACCAGCGGCAGCCAAGUCGUCGAUACGUGGGCUCUCCCCAUCCCACCCAGGGCGAAUUUCCCGCCUACAUGUCCAUGGUACAUACGCGGUCGACGGCGGCCAAUGCUCACAAUGCUGGAGGACACAUCGCCCGGUGAGCAUGACGUCAUGUUCGCCGCCUGCUCCAGGGAGCGUUACGUCCAGCUCGGCGCGUCGCCGGACCAUGACAGUUGUGCAAAUAACUUGUACUCGGCCGUAAAGGCGUGCGACGACGCGGCGUUUGACAAGCUGGUCGAGUUUCUGGAAUGCGGAUGGAUGCCCGACCCGCUCAACUUGUUUAUGAAGGUCGUCGUCAGAGGCAGCAAAGUUGGUCAAUUCGAGACCCCGGAGCCGGGCGGGGGAUUAUGUCGUCUUGCAGGCCGGGCAGGAUUGCCUUGUGUUUAUGAGUGCUUGUCCCAUGGACCUUACUGA